AUGAACAAAGAGCUUUCCACUCAAAACCACGCUUUUUCCUUCAUCAAGUCGGUUAGGUCCUCAAAGACCAUUGCCGACGAGAGAUCCAUCAUCAAGAGAGAAUCAGCCCUGAUUAGAACUUCUUUCAAAGAUACUGCUAUAACUCAUCAAGUUCGUCGCAUCAACAUUCAAAAGUUGUUGUAUCUAUACAUCCUUGGUGAAAAGACCCAUUUUGGUCAGAUUGAAUGUAUAAAAUUGUUGGCAUCUCCAAAUUUCAUUGAUAAAAGAUUAGGUUAUUUAGCCACCAUGUUGAUAUUGGAUGAAAAUCAAGAAGUUUUAACAUUGUUGACCAAUUCCUUAAACAAUGAUUUGAAUCAUCCAAAUCAAUUUGUUGUUUCAUUGGCAUUGGCCACUUUAGGGAAUAUUGCAUCUCCAGAAUUGGCUAGAGAUUUAUAUACAGAUGUCGAAAAAAUCAUUAGUUGUAAUAACAACUAUUUGAGGAAAAAAGCUGCAAUUGUGGCCUCCAAAAUUGUGGAGAAAGAUCCUGAUCUAAGUGAAAUAUUUGCUGAUAAAAUUGAUCAAUUACUUGCUAGUCAUGAUCAUGGUGUUACUAUCGGUACUAUGAAAUUAAUUAGAAGUCUUUAUGAAGUUUCACCAGAAUCGAGAGAACCGUUAUUAGAUAAAAUUCCAAAAAUCAUUGAAAUGUUGAAAACUUUAUUAAAUAGUAAUUUGAGUCAAGAUUAUGAUUUAGUGAGCAUUCAUGAUCCAUUUUUACAAAUUACAUUGAUUAGAACUCUAAGAUUAUUUUUCACUGAUGAAGAGCAAUACUCUUAUACUGCUAAAUAUAAUGAAGAUUUAAAUGAUAUUUUAACAGCUGUUUUUUCUUAUAAUGACUUUGCAAGAAAUGCAGGUGCUGCAGUUGUUCAUGAAACUGUUAAAACUAUUUUCAGUAUUCAAAAUUUAGAUCCAGCUUUGAAAGUUUUGGGUAUAAAUACUUUAGGUGAUUUAUUAGGUGCUAAAAGAGAAAAUAACAAUAGAUACAUUGCAUUAAACACUUUACUUUCAGUGGUGGAAAUUGAACCAUUGGCUGUUCAAAGACAUCGUGCUACUAUUGUUGCUUGUUUAUCAGACUUAGAUGUUUCUAUCAAGAGAAGAGCUUUAGAGUUAUCUUUUGCAAUUUUAGAUAGCUCAAAUAUUAGAAUUUUGUUGAAAGAAAUUUUAAAUUUCUUGGAUGAUCCUGUCAAUAAUGAUAAAGAAUUGAAAACUUAUAUUACAACAAACGUUACAAAUAUUUUGGAAAGAAAAGAAUUAAUUCCAAAUGAAAAAUGGAAAUUUGAUACUUUAACAAGAUUAGUUAAAUCGAGUGGAGGGUUUAUGACAAAUAGUAUAACUUCACAAAUCUUGGCUUUAGUUAUCAAUAUUCCAAAUAAUGAUGAAUUAAAGACUUAUACCGUCAAUAAAUUAUUCAAAGUUGGUUAUGAUGAUGAUAGUCAAAAUGGGUUAAAUUUAAUUGUGACUUGGUUAGUUGGUGAAUAUGGUGAUUUAUUAUUGAAAACAAACUUAUCUGAUGAUAAAAAAGUAACAGAUGAUGUUUUAGUUGAUUAUUUAUUGAAUUUGGCAAACUUGAAAAAUGAUAACCCUACAUUGAUUUCAUAUAUCUUGACAUCUUCAUUAAAAUUAUCAAGUAAAGUUGGUGGUGCUGCAAAGAGCCAAUUGAGAGCUUUUAUUGAAUCUAAAACAAAAGCCAUUGAUUUAAACAUUCAAAUCAAAGCUAUUAGUUAUAGUGUCAUUUUUAAUGAGCCUGAUAGUAUUAAACAAGGUUUAUUAGAUAGAAUGCCACCACCUCCAAUCAAGGCAAAAGAUACAAUCACAUUAACCAAUAGAAUCUCUAAACCAUUACCUGCUGCUGCUGCUAGUGCAAACUCCAACACAUCUGCCCGUAAAGGUUCAACAAAGACUGAAGACUUAUUAUUAGAUUUGAUGGAUGAUGGUCCAUCACCUUCCCAACCACAAUCAAAUUUGAAUGAAUCCGAUUUAUUGAAUGAUAUUUUCAGUAAUAAUACACCUGCAACAUCACAAUCCAAAUCAAAUAAUAAUGAUAUUUUGGGUCUAUUUGAUUCACCACAACAACCAAUUCAACAAUCACCACAGAGUAAUGCAAUUGAAGCACAUAAAUCAGAUAAAGUUAAAGUAUCUUUCUUACCAAAACAAAUAGGUUCAGGACAAGCAGUUAUUGAAACACAACUUGGAAAUUUAUCAACUUCAGAAAUUUCUGAUUUACAAUUAUUGAUUGCAGUUCCAAAAACUCAAAAAUUAACAAUGUCAUCAAUUUCAAGUCAUACAAUUCAACCUUUUGCCACAGUUACUCAAGAUUUAAAGAUUGUUGGUACACCAAAUUCCAAAAUAAAGUUAAGAAUUAAAUUUGAAUAUGUUAAAAAUGGUGAGAAAUUCACUGAACAAUUUGAUUUUGGUAAAUUAAAACAAACUAUUUAA